CCAAUCCCCGCUGAACUCUCUGGAGGAGCACCGGAGACGCGGAGCACCGGCGCCAUCUUGGUCCUUCUAUAGACGAGGAGUGAUGGAAAACCAAAGGCGAGCUGGACUGCGGCCGGUACCGGGGCGAAACCGCUAACAGGACCCUCUCCCCUCUCUCACCCCCCUGUCUCACCCCCCCCCCCCUCUCUCACCUUCCUGUCUCACCCUCUCUCACCUCCCUCUCUCUCACCCCCGCUGUGGUGAAACUGCAUUGGGACAAUGUUUUACGCACACUUUGUCUUGAGUAAACGGGGGCCGCUGGCUAAGAUCUGGCUGGCGGCCCAUUGGGACAAGAAGCUGACCAAAGCACAUGUGUUUGAGUGCAAUCUGGAGAGCAGCGUGGAGAGCAUCAUUUCACCCAAGGUGAAGAUGGCUCUGCGCACCUCGGGACACCUGCUUCUGGGGGUGGUGAGGAUCUACCACAGAAAGGCCAAGUAUCUGCUGGCAGACUGCAAUGAGGCCUUCAUCAAGAUCAAGAUGGCCUUCAGACCAGGUGUGGUGGAUCUCCCAGAGGAAAACAGAGAAGCAGCUUACAACGCCAUCACACUCCCAGAAGAGUUUCAUGAUUUUGACCAACCGCUGCCAGACUUAGAUGAUCUUGAUGUGGCUCAGCAGUUCAACCUAAACCAGAGCAGAGCCGAGGAGAUUACCAUGAGAGAGGAAGUGGGGAACCUCAGUCUGCUCCAGGACAAUGACUUCUCUGAUUUUGGGAUGGAUGACCGUGAGAUGAUGCGUGAGGGGAGCGCGUUCGAGGUGGACAUUAUGGGCGCCUCUGCCUCAAACCUUCUUCUGGAGGCAGAGGGCGGGGCCAAUCAGACAGACAAAUCCAACCACCUAGAGUAUGACCAGUACAAGGACGACUUCGGAGACAACCCCAUGGAGAGCAAUGAGGGAGGCAUGCUGGUGGACAAGCUGCUAAGUAAUGAGGACGGAGGGGGGAUUUUUGAUGACCCUCCUGCGAUCUCUGGAGGAGUGAUGAUGCCCCAGGACCAUGGCGAUGAUGAUGACGACUUUGAUGCACUCUCUGCUGGAGCUCCAGACAGUCCAGACUCUGGUCCCACUGAGCCCCUCCCGGCGAUGGCAGACCAGGCGGAGCAGACGGCUUUGGCUCAUAACGAAGAGGAGACGUUCGCUCUGGAGCCAAUCGACAUCACAGUGAAGGAGACUAAAGCCAAGCGAAAGAGGAAGCUGAUCGUGGACAGUGUGAAGGAGCUGGACAGUAAGACCAUCCGGGCGCAACUGUCCGAUUACUCCGACAUUGUGACAACACUGGACCUGGCCCCGCCCACAAAGAAACUCAUGAUGUGGAAGGAGACCGGAGGAGUGGAAAAGCUUUUCUCUUUGCCCGCACAGCCACUUUGGAACAAUAGACUGCUCAAGAUGUUCACCCGCUGCCUCACUCCUCUGGUUCCGGACGAGUUGAGGAAGAGGAGGAAAGGAGGAGAGGCCGACAGUCUGGACGAGUUCCUCAAAGACCUGGAGAACUCUGAGGUCCCCCGUGAGGAGACCACCGCACAGCAGCAGCAGCAAGACAUCAUGGACCAGACGCUGAUGGAGGAAGCCAGCGCUCUGCAGUCUGCAGCCGUGGAGGGCAGCAGGACUCUGGACGAGUCUGUGAUGCCGCCCCCUUCUGGUCAGAGAGGGCUCAAACGCAAGGCACAGGACGCAGAACCAGCAUUGCCUCUGGGUGCUUUGGAUCAGCAGCAGGGCUCCAGAGGUGUGUCCCAGGAUGAGGCCUCUGAGCUGCCUCCAGAGGAGCCAUCCAUUAGCCAACUCAUCGAACUGGACCUGCUCAAUGACAAAGACAAGAAGAAGACCGACGACGACUCUGAUGAUGAGGAGGAGGAAGCUCAGGGAGGAGACCAGGACCAAGAAGAACGAAGAUGGAACAAAAGAACACAGCAAAUGCUUCACGGCCUUCAGAGGGUGAUGGAUAAAACCGGGGCACAGUCUGUGAGUCUCCUGGACCUGUGCAGGAACAACAACCGGAAACAAGCAGCCGCAAAGUUUUAUAGUUUUCUGGUUUUGAAGAAGCAGCAGGCCGUGGAGCUGCUUCAGGAGGAGCCCUACAGUGACAUCAUCGCUACGCCUGGACCACGAUUCCACAUCAUUUGAGCUAACACAACAACAAUAUGCUACACAUCUGCCAAUUAGACAAAUGCUGGUAGAUUUAAGUCAUUCAGUCCUGCUAUUUUGGCUAGUUUACGCAUAGUCCUCGCAAGUUAUUAUUAUUGUGAUAGUGGAAAGAGGUUCAAGGUUUAAACUUUAAAUAGAGGAAAGGUUACUUCCCUAUAAAUGCACUUAUAAGCCUUUUGUGCUAUCAAAAUUAUAUUCAAAAUUUUUGUUCAUAUUGGCUGCACUAAAAUGGAGCAAAGAAUUAUGGUUCAUGUGGUUUCAUUUGCUUCUUCGCUCUGACUAACAAUGUAUUUUAGACCCAGGAGAUUACUUUUAGAUACAUACAUAGUAAAUUAUAUCAUAAUAUUGUCAGAAUAUGAAGAGCAAUGCGAUAUCAAAACUGCUAACGCACACAAAAUACUUGACUUUGGAAACACUUUCUCACAGUAGCCAUUUUUGUUUAUUGUUUAUUUAUGGUGCUAUUGUUUGCAUGUUGAUGUUUAUUGUGACUUAAAUCUUAUUGGUUGGUUUUACAAUCAUAGCGUGCAAUUCUUAUCUUAGACUGUCCACUGAUGUACAAAGUCAAAGUAUGACAAAAAAAAACAGUUACGCAGAAGUUUUAUUGGCACAUUUAUUCUUAGACAAAGGCCCUUUUCCUGCAGUUUAGGUGUUUAUAUUGUUGCUAGUUUGGUUCAAAAACAAUGGCAGCUACAGAUAUUUCCCCUCCUCGUCCUUACAUAAAGUGUAAUCAUGAGACACCAAGGAUAAGAGUAUAGAGAGAUGAAAGGGUCUCAUGUUAGAUCCUCUUCAUGUUGUUGCUAGUCCCAGCGCUUUGGCUUUGUUCAUCAUAAUAUGAUAUUGUUUGCGUAAUAUGAUACUAAUCUUAAGCAGGAGCCACGUGUUAGAGUGCCAGAUUGUUUUCCUGUUUCUUGUUGUUAAAAGCACUAGACAGUGGGUAGAGGGUUUGCAAAUUAAUUCUUAAGUCUUGCUCAUAAUAGCACUUGAUUGCUUAUAUAACAUAUAUUGUAUAAUUUUUAGUAGCAUAAUUUUACUGCACGUCAAGAAAACACGUUAGCCGUAUUUUAACAUGAUAAAUCAUCCACGUCAGGAGUAUGCAUGAUAUAAAACACUGCAAGAGUUCAUUUAACAGUUAAAACAGAGGAGUAUUACAUCAUAAACAUGUGGGUAGUUUAGCCGUAAGGUAGAGUCUGUGGUGGUAGAAACGCGUUGCAUCGGCUGUUUACAGUAUAGAGCCGCUAUCAGUAUGCAUAUCCAUACUUGCAUGCUCUGUCUGAAAAUAAUUUACAAUAAAAUAUUAUUAUAGUCAUAUUUUAUUGCAAAAGAAAAAAACAAUGAAUGCACUUUAAGGUAAAUCUUAUGUUUACCAAAUAAGGUUAGACUUGGUAUUUUUAUUACUUGUUAAUCUACCACCAUAUCAUCACAAUUACAGAAUAGCAUUAAAAAGCUUAUUUCACUAAGGAUUCAAGGAAAAUCAAUAUAUUCAUAUAUCCAAAAUUAACAUUAAAUACCUUAAAAUUGCCUGACUAAAAAUACCAUUAAUACAUGCUUUUUAAGUUAGCAUAGGCAAUUUUUCCAAUUGAGACUUCAUUGCACUUUACUUUUAAAAUGCGUUUAGAGUCUAUGUUAUGUUGUCUAAAAUUUGUAUCUUAAUGUUAGCGUAAUGUUGUUGUACUUUUCUGUGUUUAAAUUAUGUGCCUGCAAUCCUGCCUUUUCAUUUUUUGUACUGAAAAUAUGACAGACCUUGGUGUAAGCAGUGCUCAUUACCAAUGUUGGAAUACAAGUCUUUUUUGUGGACUCAUCAAGAUGUUUUCACAAUAAAAAAUACCACAAUAUGUUUA